UAAAGCAGACCGGACCUCAUACAUUACUGGAGACUUCAUCGAUAUUUAACAUUUAGUUUGUAGCUUGACGAAGGCUAAUGCACCUCAGGAGGUGAUAGUCUCUGAUAAACAAACACCUGCUCCUAAUACUCGUUACAGCAGCUAGGCAGGAAACUAACUACCGGCUGGGGAAACCUUGUCUCCGUUAGCUAACUACUGACUAUAAGCAGACACAAGCUGUUAGCCGACAGCUCACCGUGUCAGCAUUAGCUUCCUGGUUAAAGCAGGUAGCGGGAGGUGAAUCACAAUGGCUCAGGGCAUACCAGAGAAGAUAAUGAUGAAUACUGCUCUGGUAGAAGAGUUGGCAGACGUCGCAAAAGAUGCAGCACUCCUGCAAGGUGUUCUCAUGAGGAUCCAAGAGACCCCUAACUCCUCAGAGUUGGUGACCUACGCUCCGUUCACUCUCUUCCCCACACCUGUGCCUAAGGCCGUGUUCCUCCAGGCUCUCGCCGUGCAAACUCACUACAACACGCUGGUAGACAAGAUCAGCCAGGAUCCAGACUUUCUGCAAGAGUCUCUAGCAAGCACCAUUUCUGUGGAUGAUUUCACUGCAAGGUUGUUCAAGAUCCACCAACAAAUCCUAAAAGAAGGACGGUCUCAGUCUAUUGUGUUAGGUCUCAAUCGGUCCGACUACAUGCUGGACCAGGGAGAGGAUGGCUCGUCGUCUCUGAAGCAGAUAGAAAUCAACACCUUCGCUGCCAGUUUCGGAGGUCUCUCAUCACGCACCCCAGAUAUACACCGACACGUCCUGAAGGUUGCCGGGCAACUGGAGGACAGCCAGCGGAUCCUGGACAACAACCCUGCAGUUGGUCUGGCCAGAGCUAUUGCCAAAGCCUGGGAGCUCUAUGGAUCAGAAAGAGCAAUUGUCAUGUUCUUGGUGGAGGACAGCCAAAGGAACAUCUUUGAUCAGCGAUACAUUGAGAAUGAACUGUGGAAGAGAAACAUUCCCACAACAAGAAAGCGGUUCGAUGAUGUUUAUAAAACUGGGUCCCUCGAUCAGGACAAGAAGCUUUUUGUUGAUGGCAACGAGGUUGCAGUGGUGUACUUCAGGUGUGGCUACAUGCCUCAGAACUACACUUCUGAACAGACUUGGGAUGCUCGUCUCCUGAUGGAGCGCUCUCAGGCUGUGAAAUGUCCAGAUAUCAGCACUCACCUGGCCGGCACCAAGAAGGUCCAGCAGGUGCUCGCCAGACCUGGAGUUCUGGAGAAGUUCUUCCCCGACCAGCCCCAAGUAGUGGAGCAGAUCAGAGCAACAUUCGCUGGACUCUACACGCUGGACAUGGGACCAGAGGGUGACAAAACGGUUGCAAUGGCUUUGGCUGCACCAGACCGGUUUGUUCUGAAGCCUCAACGAGAGGGAGGAGGCAACAACAUCUAUGGGUCAGAGAUCUGCCAGGUCCUGGAGGGAGUGAAGGAGAGCACAGAGAGGAUGGCCUAUAUUCUGAUGGAUAAAGUCCAUCCCACCCCCAUACACAACUACCUGCUGAGACGAGACGCUCCUCUUAAAAUCACUAACUGCCUCAGUGAACUGGGAGCGUUUGGAACAUACGUCAGACAAGGUGAAGACAUGGUGUUGAACGAGUGUGUGGGUCACCUGCUGCGGACCAAGAGUUCACAACACUCAGACGGAGGCGUAGCAGCAGGAGUGGCUGUGCUGGACAAUCCUCUACUCGUCUGAGGAUUUAAACUCCCUGAUCCUAGCGGAGCUUUCAACCAAAAGCAUGGACAAGGAUGAAAUCAAGGGUCACACUUUUGCAGCUGGAAAAAAAAAGAUGCUGCGCAAAUGUGCGUCCCACACUGGACAGAAAUAGAAACAGAGCAGGCUGAAGGUGAUAGCUCACUCCUCCAGGGUUCCUCCUGCUGCUACAGGUGAAGCAGGAGACUAAUGGUGUUAUCUCUAGUGUAGCUGAGGUUAUUUGCAGAGAUUACUGGGGAUGCUGGUGUAUCUGCAGAUAUACACUACUGGUCAAAAGUUUUAGAACACACCAACUUUUCCAGAAUUUAAUUGAAAAUGAUGCAGUUUAAUGUCUCAGUGUACUCUGAAAUUAAUGCACAUUUGCAACAUUUAAAAUUCUUUAUUGAGCAUGAUAGUGUUUUGAAAGUAAAAAAAAAGAUUCAAAAUCACAUUUUAUGUUGGACUAAAGGACUAAAAAAAGUCACAAAAUGACCAAAAAAAGACACAAAAUGACUAAAAAAAGACAUAAAAUUACCAAAGAAAAAGACACAAAAUGACUUACAAAGACAUGAAAAGAAUUCAAAAAUGGACAAAAUAGCCCAAGACUCCAUAGAGUUAAGUUGUUAACCCAUUUCUUGUUCCCUAAAAAAGGCCUACUUGUAUAAUUCUGAAAUGUACAUUAUUUUUCAGUUUUGGUUAAGCUUACCUUUUUUUAUUUACCUCUGGCAGUUCACCACUUACCUUUGUAGCCUUUCAAGCUGUUCAUUUGACUUGAACUGCUUGGAUUUCAAUAAAAAACUGGAAAAAUUGGGGUGUUCUAAAACUUUUGACCGGUAGUGUACGUCUUUCUGACUGCUAUUAUCAGCUUCAUAUGAUGACAUUUAUCUGAUGAAGAAUCCAACUGAUACUGGGUUAAUAUAGGAUGACACCGAUACAGGUUUUAAGAGGGAAGAAAUUCACUGAUUACUGAUGGGUUUAAUUGAUUUUUAAACUAGGAUGAUUUUUUGAGGAAUGGGCUUUUUCUAUGUGGAUGUGUGUGUGGGGUGAUUUUGCACAGAUGUGACUAUGCAGAGGUGCUCAGAAAGCUGCUUCCAUAGACAAAUAACUUCAUUAAACAUUAUUAUACAUUAUUGUAAAUUAGAUCAGCCAAUUCUAGAAACAAAAAUAAUACAAAUAUAAUGGAGCUGCAACAAUAAUUCGAUUCAUCGAACAAUAAUCGAUUAUUAAAUUAAUCGUCAACUAUUUUGAUAAUCGAAUAAUUAGUUUGAGCAGUUUUUUAAAGACAAUAAGUCCAAAUUCUCUGAUUUCAGCUUCUUCAAUGUGAAUAUUUCUGGUUUCUUUGUUCCUUUAUGACAAUAAACUGAAUAUCUCUUUGGUUUGUGGACAAAACAAGAGA